AGUCAUGAACCACAAGUCAACCACGUCUCAGAAAUGUUAACUAUAUGAGGAUUGCAUAUAAAACUACAUAAAAUGUUUGUGCUGUUGUUUUAAAAUACUUUAUUCCUAUGUCCUAAAUGAAGCAAUGUGGUAUGUGUCUGAUGAAGCAAUGAAGAAAUGCGAGUAGCGAUUGUGCUGGGUUUAUAGUUCAGUGAAUUAUGGGUCACCUUAAAACUAAACAGCUUCAGGGGAAGGGUGAAUUUAGCAAUGGUUCUCCUCUUGUUCCUUGCUAGCAGCUGCUGCAUGACCACAUGGUGCUAUGCUGGUUCUUCUAUUUCUGACAGGCAUUUAAAUUUUAAAGAGCUUUGUGCGACAGCUGCCAAAGCCACACUCUCUUCUCCCCCUUUUGCUCACAGCUUUCCUCAUGUGUUGCCUCACUCUGUACUGAAAGUGCUGGUGUCAUUAGCAAACUUCUCCAUCUUAAAACCUUGUUCCCCACUUUUACUUUUUUGAAGCAGACCUUGUCGUCAUAAAACAGAUCUUCUCUACCCAGGUUUCCCACACAGUACCUUGUUUCUCCAGGAUGGGUGCAUUUAUUGCUAAAUUAUUGCUCCCAACCAUCAGCAGCUUGGUGCUUCUGCUGGUUGUCAGUGUGGCAACCAAAAGAGGCUUUCAUAUGGAGGCAAUGGUCUACUUCUUCACCAUGUUUUUCACUGUGAUUUACCAUGUAUGUGAUGGACCUGGACUGUCUGUUGUAUGCUUCAUGAAGUACGAUAUUCUUGAAUACUUCUGUAUCUUCGGAACAGCAAUUUCCAUUUGGGUCACCCUAAUAGCCCUUGGAGACUUUGAUGAACCAAAGCGUUCUACCCUCACUAUGUUUGGAGUUCUGACAACUGCUGUGAGAAUCUACCAGGACCGAUGGGGAUAUGGUGUCUACUCUGGACCAAUUGGAACUGCUGUGCUGAUGAUUACCUUAAAAUGGCUACAGAAGAUGAAGGAAAAGAAAGGACUGUAUCCAGAAAAAAGUGUUUACACCAAGCAGGUGGGACCCGGCUGCUGCUUUGGAGCCCUUGCUUUGAUGUUACGAUUCUACUUUGAGGAAUGGGACUAUGCCUACGUUCACAGUUUCUACCACCUGUCCAUGGCGGUGUCCUUCAUAAUGCUCCUCCCUAAGAAAAACCGACAUGGGGUGACAGGGGGAAAAGCUGCAAAACUCAACUGCUACACCCUUUGCUGCUGUGUGCCCAGCCUUGCUGUGAAGGAAAAGACUUGGACCACCCAGGCAUGCCACUUCCAAAGGCCCUUACUGCGAGCCUGUAACCCUGGCCUCCCAUUUCAUCAACACCAUGCACCUGCUAAUUAAAAGAAAUAAUCUGAUGAAGGGGAAACAGGCAGUAGGUUUCAAGAAAGCUCAGAGUAAGAAGAUUGGGUAAUGUGAAUAUAUGAUAGAAAAGGCCUACCUUAUAGUAUUGAGAGAACCGAUACAAAAAUCGAGAUUUAAAACAUGGGGACACCAACGUUUCUAAAACAUAACAUUGGUAAAAAUCUUAAAUUGUGAAAAAGGUUGUAAAACUGACUGACAUUCGUGAUGAAUGAAUUAACUAUCUUUUUAUAUGUACUUCAUAUAAAAGGGACCACUUAGUGGUGUUCUCCCUGAGAAAUAAAUUAGGCUUUUAGCUGCACCUCUGAAAAUUCCAUUAAAGUACUUUGUCUCCAGGUGCAUAAAAUAAUUUAUAUUGGUAAUUUGAUAAAAAAUGGAAAUUUGACCAAUAACCACUAUGACCAUAGGCGGUUUUACCAUAGGCCAUAGGUAGGCAAUUGCUUGGGGCCUCGUCCACCGAAGGGGCCUCGUGAAUUGGUUUCCUUUUUUAAAAUUUAUUUAUAAAACAUUUUUCUUUUCUUGUCACUCCAAACGAAUCUGUAAUAGAUAAAAAUAAAUCUGUCUACAUGUAAAUGUGGGCCUAUCCAAUUAGAUAUCUGUAUUUGCCAAUAUUUAUUAUCACCUAAAUUUCACAUAUAAUGAACUGUUCCACCUUGGUUUUCCUGCAUUUGCGCCUAAUCAAUGACGUAGAAAUUCGAGUUGCCAUCAGAGACAGAGAGUCACGAUCUUUGUUACCAUAAAGCGUUUUAAAAGUGGAUUUGAGAAGAGAAAGAGGAAGAAGGAAGAUGCCCAGUUUAAGGAAAGUUUGCCUAAACUGACGAAAUUCUUUAAUAAAACAGCCAGAGACUCCACGACGGAGGAGCAACAAGUAGAGUGAGAGCACCUAUUAUCGACCACCCUAACCAUAGUGUAUUUACUUCGUAUUUAUUAGAGAGAACUGGACAUUGUUACCUAUUUAAAUGUAAGUCCUGUAAAAAAUACACAUAAUAAAUUGUCUAAAUGUAAAAAACCAACUUCCUAUACAUUUAGUUAGUUUUUGAUAUAGUAAUACAGCCUUAUUUACUAUAUCAACUUUAAGACAAGCAACUCGCUUGGAAUUAACAGUUAUUUUGCAUCCUGCGACUUGGGUUACAACAGUGAAUAUGUACGGAUCCCUAGACAUGCUGAUAUAGCGACCACCCUUUCUCAUAUUAACCUCAAAUACGCAAGACAGGACACUUAUACAGUAUGCUCGCAAAUUAAUGUCAAGUUCCAUUCAUUUAUAUGGGGUGGUCGAUACACGUCCACUUAGCAACAAAAAUCUAGCGCUGGGCCACCUCUGAAUUAUUUGCCGGCACAUAAAAAAAUUGCAAAAGUACUUAAAAAAAAUAAUUACUGGAGGAUAACGGGGACAUUUUUCCUACAUAACUAGGUACAGGUUGUUACCGAUAUUUCGCUUAUUUUUUCAUAUAUAGUUACAAAUCAGUUUACGUUUUCCUGUCUGUCGAACGAAGUUGGUUGAUAAUAGGUGCUCUCGCUCUAGCUGACUUUACAACAGGUGUAACGUUAGCUGAAGAAGCUGAGCUAGCUAACGUUAGCACCCUGCUGCCUCAGCCUGUCGUGCACCCACCGCACCUACUACAACUUCUAGCGUUACUGCCUCUGCUGGUUGGGGUGAACCAGCUACAGUGUGGGAGGAAAGUGUCAGAGGCGACACCGACAGACAGUAAGCAGCCCACCACAAACCAGACACCUGCUCGGACCAGGACCUUUACCCCUAGAGAAUAGUGGAUGUUCAAAUGCUUUAUCAAAAACAUGUACUAUACGUUUGUCUUGAAAGAAUUAAAGAUGAUAUACUUAUCAUCUUUUUCUUGCCAUAUUGUCUUCUUCUAACUGACUGAAGGUCAUUUGAAGUUCUUUAGUUAGAAUUCUCAUUUGGGUCUGUCCUUUAGUUCUGUGGCUUUGUUAACUGAAAAGAGCUGCCUCCAAAUAGUUUUUGUUCACUAGCUAUGAUUGCAUUAAGCAAAAUGGAGAAGGGCCUCACAUUGGUCUUUGCCUGGGGCCUUCAAUUCACUAAAACCGCCCCUGACUAUGACCAGAUUCAAAUAAAUUCCAUUCAUGUUUUAGCUUUGUGCAUCUGUAUGAGGUAAGAAAUUUGUGAUUCUCCUUCUCAUGAACCAGAUUUUUAUUGUUGGAGACUAAUCUAUGUGUGAUGUGUAGGGACAUCAGUUUUUCCAAAAGCAAUUUUCUGAUCUCACCCUUCAUCCCUCAACAAGAAGUUGAUAGAGCCUUCAUAUCCAUACAUUAUCAUAUCCUAAAUAUAACAAUAAAAUAGUUUGCAGCAGUGCCAAAAAAAUGAGCUCAAAUGAAAUAUAAAUCGAAAGAUUUAAACUUUGUGAUUAAAUUUCAGUUAGGUCCGUUUUUUAAUAGUCUCCUCAUCAGUCUUUCACAGUGCUUAGUGUAAACUUGUUCAUAGGAAGAGACUCUUUCUACAUCAACAAAGUUUUUUGAAACAAGUUUGUAACAAUUUUUUUGUCUCUGUCCCAGAACCUUCUAAGUGUCAACGCAAUGCCUUAUUUUGUGCAAAUAAUUUGUAAUUAGCAUUAGUGUUGGCAAAGCCCUGAGUCAACAGCUUAUUUAAUCUUUGCUGCGGUUUGGAUGAUAUAAACUAACUGUCAUUCAAGUGAUACCACUUUGUUCACGAUCACCCCUGUCUCUUCUAAAUGCCAGCUUAUGCCAAUACCAGGCCAAAAGUUUGUCUGAAAUAAGAUUUGAAAAUUUAAAAAGCAUUGUAAGUGACAGAAGAUUCAAAGCUGGAAAUAAAAAUUUCUUCUUUUUUGGCAA